UACAAAAAGAGAUCCAUGGAAAGCGAGGGUAUCCAGAAAGUUAGGACUUCAUACGAGGAACCAGGGCAGGAAUAGGGAUCCGGGGAGUGGCAGAGUCAAAACUCCGCAGACUGCAGAGAACUCUGCCCUGCGAGAACGACGGACCUUCGUAUCAUGUGUCGCGACAAGGCUCUACAGAAGACGUGUCGUCGUUACUCAUCACUGGUCGCUCUGUGUGGCAGGCAAUAUGGGGAAAGAAUCAGCCCCUCCCCUCAUCCAUCUCAGGUCCCGCAUUCGGCCCUGUCUACGGCGACCGAAACCCCCUCCCACUCUCCACCACCAACUGCCAAAAAUACCCACGGGGCGCAUCGAGCUCUCAGAGAUCCCGGGGAAGUCAGCAAUACUACCCAUCAUCACUCCUUGGCUUCUUUCCCACAGUUGAUCUUGCCAUCAACCUGUCGGUCCCUAUCGCACGAUCGCUAUCGCCGCCCUCAGAACUCCCCCUCCCUUCACCAGCAGUCCGAACUCCAGAACGACUGUCAUAAAGUGACGACUCAAUCGACGCCGCUUCGUCAUCCGUUCUUUCCUCACACCUCCAAGUGCUACUCGUGCCCCACCGGCUUCUGCAUCGUUCGGCAAGUGAUUACACAAACUGCGCGCCUGUACCUCUCGAGGACCUGUUAUUUGACUGCGCCCUUGCACCCGCUAUUCCGCCUCGCCUUCCUUUCGUCUUCCGUCGUCCCCUGCCAUCGCGCAUCAAAACAUCCCAGAACCGCAGUCACCGUCUGCACAACAAGUUCUAGUAAAGUCUACAUUCCACAGUCUUAGAAAGGCGCGACUGCAGAAUCAAGCGAGGCGCUCGGAGAAUUGAACGUUGCCAGAAGGCUACUAGAAGGCAUUGCCGAGGGAGAACGGUUGGAGCUUCUCUUCUGCUACAGCUGAGAGACGUUGUUGGAAUGAGAGUGUUGAACGAACAUCCGGGAAGA